AUGUCUGGUUGUGGAGAAACAAAGGUCGAUGACCCAGCAGCAUCCGAAUCAUUUCCUAUCACUGAAGCAGCUCUGGUUCGAAAGAUCGACUGGCGAAUCGUUCCUACCCUUUUCCUUGCAUAUUUUCUUCAAUUUCUGGACAAAGUGGCUAUCAACACGGCAACAGCAUUCUUCAUCGGCUACGUCGUUGCUGAAUGGCCGCAAGGAGUACUUCUCCGGCAUUUCCCUAUAUCAAAGGUUCUUGGAUGCAAUAUCUUUGCUUGGGGCAUAACCCUAUGCUGCUCGGCUGCAUGCCAUGACACGCCUUCAAUCAUAGCCGUCCGUACCCUGUUAGGUGUGUGCGAAGCAGUCAUCGCACCAGCUUUGAUUGUUUUCACCUCACGAUGGUACACCAAGACAGAAGCCCCGCUCCGAUAUGGCAUCUGGUAUUGUGGCUUGGGAGCUGGUCAGAUCGUUGGUGGUCUCAUCAGCUUCGGUGCGCAGCAUAGUUCGUCUGUAUUUACAGGCUGGCGAGUGAUGUUCAUCUGCAUAGGAGUAUUUAACAUUCUGGUAGCGUUACUGAUUCUUUUCACUCUGCCUGAUAAUCCGGGAGAAGCGCAGUUCUUGGGUCAAAACGAGAAAGAACUGCUUGAGGAACGACUGGGUUGGGACGAGUCAAGACCCAAGCCGGAAGAGCUCGGUCUGCAUUUACUCAGAGAGUUGCUUCUGGAUCCACAAACAUGGCUUUUGGUUUUGCUGACUCUUUGCAUAACGAUUCCGAGCGGAGUGAUUACCACCUUCUCCGCUACUUUGAUCCACAGCUUUGGGUAUAACUCGAAGCAAAGCGCGCUUCUGAACGUGAAGUGA